AACUGUCAUCAAAGAUGGCCGUGCUGCACGACAUGUGCAUCCGGCAGCGUGGUUUGUUUAUCUGUGCAAAAGUAUUCAACUGUUUUUGGGUACAGACUUCAAGAUGGACGAUAAAGCAAAGUGGUUGGCCAGGGAACACCGUCGAAUUAUGGAGGAGUACAAGCACCAAAAGACCAAACAUGAGGAGUUGCGCCGGAGAAUCCGGGACGUUACCGGAAGUCUCAACAACCGAACCAGUCAGCUCCAAGUGCUGAAGAAGAGAUGUGAGGAGGUCAAACUACAUUUAACUGACGCCAUGGCCGACGACAAAACAAUUACGGCUUUUCACGAGCUUGAGAGGUCUCGUUACGCGAAACUUCGGCAAGCAGUUGAAGAGCACAAGGCGGCGGUUACACGUGCUGUGGAACAAAAGCAAACGAGCGUCGUUAAAGCGGUCGAAAUCUCGCCCUCGUACGUGCGCUGCUCCCGGGAGUGUGAGUUGGACGAGAAGGAGCGUCAAUUGGCCGACCAGAGGCGCAAGCUGGCAAAGCGCGAGCAAGCCAUCGUCAUCCGGAAGAACCACAACGCGGCUCGCAUCGUUCGGCUCCGGAAGUUGCUGCAGUCAAACGAGGAAAAGCGUGCCCUGUACAAGGAACAGCUGGCGGCGCUGCGCUCCAAAGCUAGCCGGCGCUACUAG